CUCUGAGGUGUUUUAAAUCCGUUUUAUUUAUUAAAAUGCCGUUCCAGCCAUUGCCCUUUAUUUUGGUCCCGUGAGCCACUUCGGAGCUGAGUCUGUGGGUGGUUUAUGAAUAAAGCUGUUUGUUGAACAGACUCACUGUCAUCUAGCCAGCAGAUGGACAAAAGUAACAUUCUCGGAUCAAAGGCGAACGUGACUCUGGAUCUGAACACGGCCCAUCCCGAACUCAUCGUGUCUAAGGAUCGGAGAAGUGUGAAAUAUGGAGGCGUAAUGCAAGCUCUGCCCAACAACCCUGAGAGAUUUGACACUAUGUGCUGUGUGCUGGGCUGUGAGGGAUUCACCUCAGGCCGACAUUACUGGGAGAUGGAGGUGAAGGUGGAGGGGAAGGGGUUCUGUUUUGUUGGGGUGACCAGAGAGUCUGUGAGCAGGAAGGGACAGAUCUGCCCUAAACCUGAGCAGGGGAUCUGGGCUGUGCAGGUCUGGGAGGAUCAGUACCAGGCUCCCACGUCCCCUAUGCAGGUCAUUCCCUUGUCCCCAAGCCAGGCACCCCGCAGGAUCCGGGUUUAUCUGGACUAUGAAGGGGGCCGAGUGCAGCUUUUCGAUGCUGGUAGUGGGGACCUGAUCGUCACUUUCCCACCGGCCUCUUUUGCCGGAGACAGAAUCCGCCCAUUCUUCCGGCUUAGCACUAUUGUCCAUCACUGGCAGGGUCAGGCUAGUGUGCGGCUCCUCGAGCUCCCACCCUCCUGAUCUCUAUGACCUGGAGGACUCAGCCAGUCUCCCCCCAGCAGAGACAGGGCUGAAGGGGGGUGAUGCUCUACCCAUAGCUCUAUGGCUGUGGAGGUCUUUGUGAGGCUGUGAUGAAGUGGGACUGUUCUUAAUGUUUCCUCUGAAUACUGUAGGGGUGCCUCAGUUUCCCCUAUGCAUUUCUUAAGUCGCUAGG